AGAUGGUAUGAGGCACAGAGGCAGAGCCGAAUCCACACAGCAGGACAGCUUUUCAGAGGGACCGAACUAACUGUGGGGGCCACGUUUUCGCCAUGACCGUCUACAGAGCAGAUCGAGCCCUCAUCUGUCUGCUUAUCGCGAUGGCAGGAGCAGAGGUGCAGGAAAACCUCUCUCCUGGGUGUAAACAGUUCCUGUACAUGGGCACACUGCCUCGAGGACUCGAGGAGCAGUCGUUCAAAAAGAUUUGCCAGUUCUAUGCGGGAAAGCCGCGAUUCGUGACGCUGUACGACACCUUCAGCCACAUCCCCGUGUAUUCGGCGUACACCUUCAAGCGCUCGGACGGCUCCAAGAGGGCUGACGUGCCCUGGAUGUAUGAGCCACAGCUGUCCACAGUGUCCGACUCCAGGGUGAUGCAGCAGUUGCCUUCAGAAAAUGUUCAGAGGAGUUUGGAGGCAGCACAGGCUGUCCUUGACGACUACUCCGAGACUGUGAUCUUCGAGCGCGGUCAGCUGAAUCCAGACGAGCACCAGGCCCACCCUGACGACAAGGCCGCCACGUACACCCUGACGAACGUGGUACCUCGGGCCCGCGAGUUCAACAUCGGCCCCUGGAAGAAGCACGAGAGCACCAUUCGCAGGCGGCUCAACAAUUACUGCAGGGGCACCGCCUACGUGAUCACCGGGGUCACCACCUCGGGUCACACCAUCCGCCGCCAGAACGUCAACCGCCUGGGCAUCCCCAGCUACGUCUGGUCAGCCUACUGUUGCAUUGAUUUCGACCACAAUGCACCGCACUCGGAGCGCUCCAAGUUCCCCGCGUUUGCAGCUCACGGGCUCAACGACAGCGAGAACAACAAGGUUCAGGAGAUGGCGGUGCAGCAGCUGGAGGACUUCCUGAAGCGGGUCACUUAUGUUGGCAGCUCAUUCCAGAUCUUCCAUGACAACUGUGUGCCUCCCAGCAGUGCAAACGGCGCCCUGCACCUGCCCUGAGAAACAUGAAGAUGCUCCAUCACAUGUAGUAGAGCUUCAUUUGACGUCAGUGUGAGAGUAACGCGCAACAUUUAGCAACUGAUUUGGAAUAUAUGAUUUCAUUCAAUAUUCAUGUAAACUGAUUUAUUCUAAGUUUUGGAAUUUUAUUGUAAUUAAAACUUGUUGCUCACACGCA